AUGACCUUACUAGACUUGCCACCCGAGUUGCUCCUGCGCGUUUCAGCCUUCCUCACUACCAACGAACUUGGCAAAUUCAGGCUCACCUCCAAGAAUAUUGAAGCCGUCUUGUUUGACAGCUUCUCUCGCGAGUUCUUUACCAAAAAACAAUUCAUGCUCGAACAAAUCAGCCUACAAGCUUUGAUCGACAUAUCCAAUCAUCCAACCCUCGCAUCUCGUCUCUCUGAAGUUGUCAUCAGCACUCAUGUCUUUCCUUCAGAUCCAGAGAUCAUCUCUUUGUCAGGCAAAGCCAUGUACAAGGCUGGCCAUGUCAAUCAUGACGUUCUCAUGGCAUCUGGUCAAGCUGUUCAGAUGUUGGCCGAGGCCUUUUCCAGAUUGCCAAACCUGCGUACCGUGGGCCUGCGAGACUACAAUGCAUCGGGCCGCUAUCGUGAUGGAGAGUUUGCUACUUGGAAAAGCUGGGGUUGGUCCUUUGGUUGGGAAGGUCUACCCAACUACGACGCAGACAAUCUACACAGCCAGCGAGGAUUGAGGACCAUCUCACCAGAACCCAUCUUGCCUAUCUUGUUUUACGCGCUUGGUCAAGCCAAAGUCGUGCCAGAGAGCAUCCACGUUUUCCUGCGCAAGCGUUCAAAGCUCACCCAACAAUCUUUCAACAUGCUGGACGGCUACUUGGGCGAGAAGGUCAGACCUGUACUCGGUAACAUGAAAGAGUUGAUGCUGGCUAUCGGCAAUGAUACAACGCCCUACUAUUAUCACAGGACAAUCACACCCACCAAAUCCGAGAAAGUUGGCAAUCUUCCUCUCGCGCGUCUGCUGCAACGUACCCCAAAACUUGACACUUUGCGUCUGAAUUUCGAAUCAUCGCAACCCUUUGCCUCUGGUUUCUUAGAUUGGCUCGGUUCGCCAGUCUCUAGCUCUCAUGUUCUCUCCACGGACCCAGCAGCUAACUCUGUUGCCUUGCCUCAACUUACUGCUCUCGAACUGGGCAUGCUCACCGUUCCAGCGACAACACUCUUGAAGGUCCUCACAAAGUUCGACCUGGAAUCUUUCAGUUUAUGGAAAGUCAAGAUUCAUGCUUCAUCAGCUAGCGAACCCGAGGAUUGUUGGCAGGCACUACUGCAAGACCUUGCAAUCGCUCUGAAGCAGAAGACCUCUCUCAAAUCGGUACUUAUCGGGUUUCCUUCACAGCUACACUGCGGGAGAGAGCCUUUUGACAUAGAAGAUGUUUGCUAUUUCAAGCCCGUCGGUGCCAGUGAACAGAACAUGCCCGUCGGUGAGGAAGACAUGUCAAGAAUGACACAAGAAGCAAAACACCAUGCGGGACCAGGCACAAUCAUGGCUGAAUGGCUGGAAGAGCUAUCAAAACGUACUUAUGUCCCGCCUCCAGAGGAUGAUGUACUUUCUCUGCACAGUGACGAAGACGGACAAGAUGAUGGCGAAGGAGAAGACGAGGAUAACGACGACGACGACGAUGAUGAUGAUGAUGAAGACGAUGACAACUGA